GUAUGAAGGCACUGCUUUAAAAAAAAAAAAAAAACCUAUGAUAGGACCAAUUUUCACAACCGGGUUCUCUGUUGAUUUUGUAGACAUCAGUAGCUGUCAUGUGCGGUAUGGUAGAAAGGGACAUGGGCCAGAUUAAAUGUUUGCAUAGAAGAGUGAGACUUUUUAUGCUUUCUGUGGUGGAAAGAUAGUGAUAUUGACAGAGAGCUUAACAAAUAUCUUAUAAAAUUCCACCUGUUCAUAGCAUCUCUAUCUUCAACUAAACCUAACUUACCUAUGGCAGCAGGAUUCUGUCAAAAAAUCAUUUAAAAAAAGUCAGAAAUUAGGGUGAAGUGUACUGAUGUUUCAUAAAGUUCCUUUAUUUAAGGUCAACUGACCAUUCAGACAGCUGAUCACUACUUUUUGCUCUCCGUUGGUCAUAUAACUCCGCCUCCCCGCAGGCUGCAUGCUCCGUCUUUGUUAUUUUUCGUCGCUGUCACUACCCGACAGCAGGUAGCUGCCUCAGCAGAUCCCAUGAUGCUAUAUCUGCCCGUCUAGUGACUCUGGAUGAUCACUAUUUUUCAAGGUGCAUUGUGGGAGAUUACAAGUUCACUACUUUUUCAUCCAUCAUUUAAAAUGCUGUAUUCACUAUAUAGUGCCCUAUGGCGAUUUGGGCAGACAUUCAGACAUGGCCCAAGAUUAAGAAAAAAUAUCCUGGUGAACCAUGGUCGAGCAGUAAGCUAGUAAAAAAUGUUAGCGAACUUCCUCCAAAGCCUUUCAAAAUAAAGCAAAAAAAAAAAAGGAACUUUUCUAUCCGUCUGUUUACUUUAUAUUUGUGUUGGUUGGGAUUUAUGAGGUUAGUUACAAUAGUUGAUCAUCGGUUUUACAAUCAGUCCAAAUAUCAAGCCCUUAAUAACACAGUAAAGUUUUUACUUUGGGUUUGUUAUACUAUGCUCCACAAGCGCAUUCUCAUUCACCACAAGCUUAUAUAAUGCUAAACAAGCGUAUUUUACUAAACUUAGGUGAAUAUCUGCCGCAUUGAUGCUUAUUAUAAAAGGCUUGCAGAUAUUUCAGUAUUAGAUAAGUCAUUUAUCUGUAUAUUUUCCAUACUUGUAACCCUGUAUCAACAGGAUUUAAGGCUGGUUAGUUCCCUUUUAUCUCCAGCUGAUUCCCUUAAAUUAUUAAUAUAACGUAAUAUUAUAUGAUCAUCAAUUAUACAUGAUGUUUGCAUGUGUCAUAUUUCUAAUUUUGUUGGAUUGUCUGGAAUAAAGCUGGACAUUCAAGACUCAAAGGUGCCCCAAUGCUAAAAGCUGAUUGGUCAGUCAGCCAUCUGUGUCCAUAAAUACAUUUGCAGAACUACAUGUCCAGCAAACAUAGGUUGUUGCAAGCAGCUCUUAUUGAAUCUGUGGAUGGAAGUUGUUUUAUCUAAAACUGAGCAGUAUUAUGUGUUUGCCCCUUUUUGUGGCUAUAGCUUGGGGGGGCUAAGUUGAUAGGGCUUUACAUCAUCACAUCCAAAGAAAACAUUAAAAACUCCCCAUUUGUAGUUCUGAGUAAUUUUCCUGACCAUGUGCUCAUAUGGGAAGCACCAGAUGUUACCUUCUAGUGAUGUAAUGUUCAUUUAAUAAAUAAUAGAUGUAGAAGGAAGAUCAAUAGAAGCACAAAUGACAAAGCGUAUGUAAGCAUUGUAUGGAGGGAGGAGGAUGAGAAAGGAUGAGCACGUCUGGCAGACUGACGGAAACCCCACCCAGACCUGAUUCCUUGUCGCUCCGUCCGCUGAUAAGCAGCUGAUGAGGAAGUGGAGCAGUAUUUCACAAGGACAUAUAGGGCAGGAUGAUCAACUCUAUUGAGCUAAUCAAGAUACUGUUGCUAAGACCCAGAGAGCCUCUGUCAGUUGACCUCAUAAGAACCAAAAGAGCAUUGAUUUGUCCAUGUCUGAGUCUGGCAACAUCAUUUUUUUUCAAAGGACAGUAAUCAUGUGGGCCCCUGGUAUUAUUUUUACAAAAGCUCCUUUUCUAGUGAGAAACAAACCAGACUUUUAGAGCUGGAAAAGGUAAACUACAAGACUUAAAAAGUGUGGAAGACGCCUUCAGUUGCAGAGCAAGAAAAAUCUUUAGACGACCAUUUAAAAAAAAUUCAGACAUCCUGAAAAUGGUUUGCCUGACCAGAAAACUCAGAUAUGUCGAUGUAAAUGCUAGUUUGGCUUUUUGGUCAUGAUUGCAAGAGUUCUGCAUCGUUACUGGAAAACUGUCUUCUUGUCAGAUCGUUUCUCAGGGGUAAGUCUGUGAUUUUAAAGCCAUGGAGGGUCUUGAGCAACUUGAUGUGGUGGGUGAUAUCAGCCCAGCCCUGGAGGCAACAGAGGACUUCAUCCACUGCAUAGAUAGGAGGAUCCAGAGUCAAGGCCCAAGCCUGGCUCAGACCAGCCACCAUCAGCCUGCCAGGCAGCCUAAGCAGCUGCAGGAUGUGUCCAGUGCUGCUCUGGGGAAGCUUAGCUCCAGUGGUGUGUGGAAUCUUCUGGCGGGAGAGCAGCCAGAGGUUGGGCCCCUCGGCCUAGCCUGGGCUGACAACUUCAGCCUGCUGGGUCUGGGCAUGGGUUUGAGGCAUGGCAAGAGAAACCGAGCACGCUCCACCAAUGACCUGGUGGCCCAUAUGCAGGAGUGCAACAACAGCACGGGAAGCUCCUCAUCCAAGUCUGUUUUUAAGAAAGGACACAAUCGGUCCAGGUCCGACGUCAACUAUCGUCCGUCUGCGUACACGGACAAUGGACUGCCCACAGUGGACUGCAACACUCUGAAGAACAUGAUCCUCAACCAGCAGCAGGACGUUGACAAAAGCAGUAGUGGCAGUGUGGUGAAGCAGGGCGAGAUGGAGCAGCGUGAGGGCCCAAGGAGCCGCUGGACACCCUGUUAUGUUGAGCUGACUCCCUGUGAGCUGCGGCUCUACACUUUGGACAGCAGUGCCAAUCGCCAACUAGGCACUGCCUUCUCCCUGUCACACUGCCAGAGUGUUGUCGCCCCGGCACCCUGCAGCCAGUCGAGUCAGAUGAGCCAGCCUGGUGACAAGCGCACACUUCAGGCCUUGUUUUUCAACAGCACGCGACUCCAGCUGAAGGCGGCCAACCAGUGGGAGGCAAUGGAGUGGAGACGGCUGAUGUGGGAGAAGGUUCAGGCAGCUAGACCCAUAAGGCAGGACAACCGCAAGCAUAACAGUGGGCUGGAUAUUAAGCAGAGUGCUAAGUUUCCCAUACCGAUGUCACCUUCCUCUUCGCCCUCUCCCUCUGCACUGGACACUCAACCUGAUGGGGACAGCGACACUCCAACCUCAUCAGAUGCAUCACUUUCUAAUAAUUCUGGAGUCCUGAGCAGACCAACCACCCUCCCUCUAUUUAACCAGCGCUUCCAGGAUGUGCUGAAAGCUGGACUUCUUCAUCUGCUGUUGGAUCAGAACAACUGGCGGCCCUUCACCUUUGUCUUGACAAGAUCUGCUCUCCAGGCUUUCCCUACAGAAGGGAGGGGCUCUGUGUCCCAACCAGUCCUCCAGUUCUCCCUAGCGUCCUGCUUGUCAGUACAGCAAGAUCCUGUACCAGAGACUGGAGAGUCAUGGGUGGAUAAAGGGCGGUAUUUCCAGGCUGUGUUCCCCAAAGAGGUCCUAAAACUCCAGGCAGAUGAUCAUCUAAAAGCUCAGGAGUGGGUGGAAGCUCUACAGCAGGCAGUAGAUGCACAAAAGUCCACACAAGAGGACAAGAGAGAACCAGGGGAAGGACCCGCUGGAUUACAGGGAGUGUUGUUGAGAUCCAAACCAUCAAGGAGGCAGAGGGAGGCCCAGAGAGCCAAGCGGCAGUCAGUCACCACCAGUUUCCUCAGUAUUCUCACCUGCCUGGCUGUGGAAAAGGGACUCACUGCUCAAAGCUUUAGGUGUGCUGGUUGCCAGCGUCCGGUCGGCCUGUCCAGAGGAAAGGCAAAGGUUUGCUGCUACAGCGGCUGGUACUACUGCCAGAGCUGCCAUCAGGAUAACUCUUUCCUCAUCCCUGCACGACUGCUGCACAACUGGGACACCAGUAAGCACAAGGUGUCUAAACAGGCCAAGGAGUUCCUGGAGUUUGUGUAUGAGGAGCCUUUGCUGGAUAUCCAGCAGCUCAACCCCUGCCUGUAUGAACACUGUGAAGCUUUGAGCACGGUGCUGCGUCUCCGUCAGCAGCUCCAGUCGCUGAGGGCCUACCUGUUCAGCUGCAGGGCAACCAUCGCUGAAGACCUCAGGCGAAGGAUUUUUCCCAGGGAAUAUCUUCUACAGCACAUUCACCUCUACUCUCUGGCUGACCUGCAGCAGGUGAUUGAUGGGAAACUGGCUCCCUUCCUGUCCAAGGUGAUCAAGUUUGCCAGCUCCCAUGUGUUAAGCUGCAGCCUGUGUCGGGAGAAGGGCUUCAUCUGCGAGCUCUGCCAAAAUGGACAGGUCAUCUACCCUUUUCAGGAGAAUGUCGCACGAAGGUGUGACGGCUGCGGCGCUGUUUUCCACGCAGAGUGUCGACAGAAAGCACAGCCUUGUCCUCGCUGCGUCCGCAGAGAGCUCCACAACAAGAGGCCGUCGUCCUUCUGGUCGCCUGACGAUGACAGCCCUGGCUGCUUUCACAUGCCUUACCAAGACACCUGAGGUCCACCUCGUUAAGAGAGGCCGGGAGAGCCGACGGGCCUGUCGAGGGGCCGCCACCCAGGACAAAGUGCCUGUGUUUCUAGUUUGUCUAUCUGCAGGUUGGUGCUCGCUUCAGCUUUAACCACGGGACAGAUGUAGCUGCAGAGCUCCCACCUGAGCUGAGCCUCCUUCGUCAUACUCUAAAGAAGGGAAAAGAACCAACUGCUGCAUAAGGCUUUAAAGGCCGAAGCCCUACUUACUUUUUAGUCACCUCUUCCCCUUUAAAUGUUCUUAUCCCUCUUUCAUUUACCUUCUAAUCCAGGAUAAACACAGCAAAUCAAAGCUGAUAAGAGCAGAAAGUCGAACUGCACCAGCUUUGCUGCUUGUAACUUCUUACAGCUGAAAUUAUUACUCAGCAUACGAAAAGCUGGAACAAAGCACAACACCUGCUGCUUUGCUGACAUGAGAAAACACAGAUGCUUUUUGAACCAAUUUCAUACAUUCAUUGCAAAAUAUUGGGUAAAAAAUGAUUAAUCUAUUGUGGAUUGAAAAUAAUAUUUAAUGUAUAUCUGCUCUUAAGUGCUAUAAGCCUACCAAGAAUAUCACUGCACACAGUAGCCUCAAGUAUACUGAAUAAGUAAAAAAAAUUGUUAAUGGGUGAGUUAUGUUUGCGUGUUUAUCUUAAAAGCAAUACUCUGGUGCUCUUAGGAAUAAUAAAGGUUGGCAGUAAUCUUCCUCCUUUUUAUACUCUGCAUCAAACGGGUCAGAAGCAGUCCUGAAAAGGGUGAAAAAGAUAGAUUUUUACUUUACAUUCUAGUUUAAAUUAAACUUAAUUUUGAUUUGCCACAUCAAAAGAUCUGUUUUUGUCAACUUUUUUAUUUAUUUUCUGUCAAAAUUUCUUUUUGUUCUGUAAUUAUGAACAGGAGCUCACAGCUAAUGCUUAACUCAUUCAUUUCUAUUCUAUCUAACCUCUCACAUCAAGGUUUAGAAAUGUCAUGUUUCUCUAAUUGGGUCUGGUUUAAAAACCACACUAGACACUGGGAUUUCUUUUUAUGAAUUUCUACUAAGAAAAUAAAGGUUUCAUGGAUCCUGACUUGUGUAGGAACUUAACGUUUUGUAAUGGGGUUCAUUUAGCUGUGCAAGAUUCCACAAAAGCAGUGAAGUAGCCUUUAGCACCACCGCUAGUUACAGAAACCUAAAUGGGUUUUUUGUGCUCAAGUAUCCAGAAUUUUCUUCUUUUUUUUUUUCUCUCUUUCUAUAAUCCCCCAAAUUUUGUGGCGAAUUUCUGAGCUUCACUUUUCAGGUAACCUGGACUACUCAUUCAGAAUAUUUAUUCUUCGAUUAGCGUCCUUCAAUUAGCGUGUUUAGCUUAGCUAGCUUUACAAUGAAAACAGUCGUGUCUGUGCCUAUGUCAUGGUAAAUGUAGAUCCUUAACUUGACUUCACGAUUCCAACAUUUUUAACAAAUUGUUGCGUGACAAAAGGAGGAAUUUUAUGGUGAUAUUUUCAGCCUUCCUGUUAACUGCUGAAAGUGUUCCUCUCUCUCGUAGCCUGAAUAAACAGCAGAUGUGUAUCGACGUGUUGUAGAAAGUACAGUUUCCUUCUAAUAGCUUCAACUCUGGGCUUGUUUUUUAAGCUUCUAUUUAGAAGUUAAGGCUAAUUGAUCUGAAAAUAAAGCAAAAACAAAAAACUGUGUCCAAAGACGACCCUAAAAGAAUUUCUUCUGACUUGUGACCGAGUUAAAACUUCCCAUUAAUGACCAGUUUUUACAUGAAGACCGAUUACAGAAGGCAGGCAGAAAAGCUAUUGCUCACUGUAUUGAAAACAUAAAAAGCUGCAAAUGUACAGUUACUUGGAAAAAAUAUCAGGACAAAACCAGUACUGUAUAUAAAAUGAUUGUUAAAAGUUAUAAUCAAACUCAUUGAGUCAAUGCUUUGAUUUUCCUAUUAAAAGCUACUAUUUAUGAUGUUUAUUAAAAAAAAACGUAAUGUUAAUAAAUGCAAAUGAUUGCUGUGAUUGCAAAAAAGCUACUGACUGAUUUAUCACGUCCAUUUUAAAUGAAAUAAAACAAUUUUCUUCACUUCGUAUCAAUGUUGAAAUGCAAUCAAACUUUAAAAGUUAGUCACUUGGCAAACUGUCCUGACUGGAAGAUAAGAAGGGCAAUAAUUGACUGGAACUCCUCUCAUUGCUGCCGCUCCUCUCCGUUGAUUCUACUUCCUGUUGUGCUUUACUCGUGUAUAGUCUAUCAGACUUGAUAGCAGCUUUAGCUUUUAGUAUCUCUAUGCAAACUAGAUGGCCUUUUAAUACCCCCCCUCCCCCCACCACCAAUGCUUCCAUCUGUACAAAAACACUGCAGCUAUUUAAUCCGUGCUGUUUUAAACCCGAAUUUCGGGAAAUUUUGAAUCACCUGAUUGUUUUAUUUUUAGUGAAUGAAAACCACGGUGAUUGGAAAAUAUUAAAGUAAUUGUUUGUCCUAUUAUUUUGAACACGCCACAGAGCUCCAUUAAAAAAGGCAGGAACAACGUAAUUUUUCUGCCGGAAAAAAAUAAUCCUAAAGAUUGACAGCAAAUUCCAGAGAUGGAUUACUGGACUGUUUUUAUUUUUACUAGUAGGCGAUUAGCUGCUGAUACCACUGCUACAUAGUUUUUUGUUUGUUUGUUUGCAAUGAAUUGAAAAUACAAUGCUGCCAGACUGAUUUAUCCGCUCCUGCUUAGUUUGAGCCAUAGAAAAAUUUCAGCUUUGAAACUCACUAAUGUGAAAAUCACAGGGUCCUGUGCAUUCUGCCAUUUUGUCCUUUAAAGCCUCUUUCCCACUGAAAUCAGCAGGUUAAAGCGGGUUUUUCAAACAUGAGUCAAUCUGCUAACAAUUGUCAUUUGGUUUCCUUCCCAUUGACAAAAAAAACUGGGUCCUACCCCUCGCUGGCUCGCCGCUGCGUGUUCGAUGCCGUCACGCUGGAUAAGCUUUGAUGAUUUCCCCAGUGCGAAAAACAUCAGGGAAGUAAACAAUGGAGAGAAACAUGUGAAGAAGCCAGGGCGUAAUAAUUGUUCUCUAUUGUUUCACUCUUAUAUCUGUGCAAAUCCCUUUUACCGGAGCUGUGCCAUCUUUAUUGGAUAUAAACAGAUUUGAUUUGGCUUCUUAGAUCAGCCACGACCAGCAAGUGUUGAUGUUUGUACGUUGCGCUCAAUGGUAUCACAUAAAUUAGCAGGUUGAUCCGGGUCUAAUGUUCCAUCAGUAUGCUCAUCAGAGCAGAGACAUUUCAAGGAAUUUUUUCACAUGGCUCGCCUCUUUUGACACGGGUCAGUGAGCCGUUCCCUCUGCCACUAAAAGCCGAUUGUUCCCAGCUUUAAACAGGUUUUUCGGCAAGUGGGAAAGGGGUAUUAGAUGUUUUUGUCUUUCAACCUGACUUCCUUCACUGUUUCAUUAGUCAGUUGGUCUAAAUGGGGAUCAGAACAUCAUCACUAAGCAGGACUGAAGGCUAAUUGAAGUUUUAAAAAUAACUUUUUUUUAAAUAAAAAUCAUACAUCAGAUUUAAGGAUUUAUUGACAAAAUUUGCCUUAAUUCAUGAGAAGAAUUACCAGGAUAAACAAACUGCUAUCCUAUGAGUUUGGGACAGGAUGUGCUGUGGUGUGCUGCCAGGUGCAAGCGGAAGAAGUCGUGGUGGAAAAGCUGCAAAAUGGCAGAUAUGCUUGUUUUCCUUAACAUUAAUGUUUUUUUGUUUUUUCUCAUUCAAAUGAAACAAGCUACUGUUGAAAUUAAAGUGUUUUUUUGUUCAUUGCUGAAUUAUUGUGCUGCUUUGGGUAUGUUGCUUUGGGUUGCAUUGUUCCAUCAAAUUGUAUUAUUUAUUCGUGUUUUGGAGCCUGGAAGGGUUUUCAUGCGACUGUAUGUUUGUUUGCACUGAUUGCAUUCAGUGUUAAAACUAAGCCAUCAAUACCCACCUCAGUUGGACAGACAGAACUUUAGUUUUACUUCUGGUCUGAGCCCAAAACGCAUAUUAGUCAUUUAUAACAGUAUGGUGUUAAAGUAUUAGAAUAUUUCAAUGAAGUGUGUUUAGGGAAUGCUCAUGAUGCAUUUAGAGGGAAUAAUCUGGCUCUAAAUUUUGUCUUCAUCCAAAAUAAACAGGCUUUCUUUAGAUGAUCAGGAGGAUCGUUGGUUUUUUUGUUUGUCAGUGUUUUGAAUGAUAGUUUGAGCUCAUUUGUAAAAGUCGUCCUGUAAAUUUCCCAGUAUUAAAGAACAUAGGUUCCAGUACUCGUAUAUAAUCCUGAAAUACCUGCUGGGCUCCAUAUUUUGCAGCUAAAGAUGCCAGAAUUGUGCUUCAGAUCAGAUGUUCUUUCAUUUAUUUCAUUUUUAUUUAUAGAAUUGUUUUUUUGUUUUAACAAAGUUGGUGAUUUUUGUUGCUGUUGCACUAUUUUUUUAAGGGUACCCGCUCAUGUUAUGUGUUUAUUAUGUUGGACUGUGAAUUGUUUUAUUUCAGUUAUCAUUCUGAGAUGGAAAGGCUAAGAUUUAGUAAUAUAAUGGCUAAAAAACAUUGUUUUUUCUUUCAGUUUUCUGGAAAUUGUUGUUUACAAGUACCUUUUACAGUAUUUAAGGAGAGUAAAUGGAAUUCAGCUCUGUGCACUUUUUAAGUGAUUUUAUGUCUGAUUUGUUUGUUUGUUUUUUGCAGCCAAAGUCUUAUGCAAAAACAUGGAGUGGUUUUUGAUCAAAUCAGCUCAUCCUCAUGUCUGGUUCUGUUUGGACUGAUCCACUGAUGCCAAUAAAAACAAACAUA